AGCGCAGGGUAGAAAACUUUUCGCGACCCUAUUCAACUUUUCUCCACCUUUGGGCAUUAUUGGGAUUGGGAUUAGCACCUCAUGCCGCGUAGCCAAGAUUAAGUAGCUGUCCAUGAUUUUAUACCUGAUCUGAUUUGUUUGAUUACUCUCUUCAAGAUCAGUGCCUAAGCAUCAUACACAUCAUUUCAUGUUUCCCAGCUUGUACACCACUUGUGUAUUUGAAAGUUCAAAUUUUUCAACUAACAACAGUUUUGCCCUAAUCUUUUUCUAAAUGAAAGAAGAAAUAACAAACAAAUAACUGAAGACGUCUUCAAAAUACUUCGUGACUUGGAGAGUUUUGUUUUUUAGUUGGUUUGAACUGAUUUUAAUGGUGCUACAUCUUUUGUAAUGUUAUGGAAAAACCAUGGGAAAUCGUCAAAAAAUUCCAACAACAAUUAUACCAAGCUCCCAUGCCGUAUAAUGUCAGACCGAAUAAGCCACUACCAGGGCAGGUGAAGGCAGUUCACCAUUUUUUACCUUCAAAUGGUCUACAAGAUGCGGCUUUAAGAAUUAAAAAAGUGAAGGAUAUAGUUGAUGAAUCAACUCGAAUAGCUGAUGAAAGUAGACCACGGUUCCUCAGUAAUACUAAUUCAAGCUUUUGUCAAAACUGUAAUUGUGAAAAUUGUCUCAAUCAGUCUUCCAUCUUGGGUCCACCUGAGAGUAAUUUGAAUAGAACCAUACCUGACCUUAUUCAGUCAUUUGAGGUGUUUCUUCAAACUCAAAGGCAACAGUUCAUGCAAAUGAUAAAUCAGCUCACAUCUGUUCUAGAUUCAUCCAACAGUUCAUUUCCUUGUCAGCAGUCCACAAGUAAUGUUCUGAAAUCGACUUUUCCUGUUCCUCAACUGACACUGAUGGAAUGUGAUUCCUCUGAAAAAACUAAAUGCAUUAAUGAUUGUACAUCAAGAUCUGUUCAAUGUCAUAUCUCUCCAACAAUUAGUAGAGAAGAAGAUGCUGGGAAGCAGAUGUUAAGAUCCAUUAAUGAUGAUACAUCAAGUUCUACUCGAUGCGAUAACUCUCCAACAAAAAGUAGAGAAGGUGAUGCUGGAAAGCAGAUUUUAAGUUCUCCAUGUGAGAGUCCAAGCAGCACAGUGCAUGCAGGUGAUGAUGGCUCUUCCACAACAAGUCUUCUACAUAAUGAAACAGAAAAUAUUUCUAAGAAACACAAUUUUAUUAAACCAAGAGUCCCUGAAAUUGAUCAGGCCAAUGUUAAUUUCAAGAGCAAUGGAAAAGUGAUUCGGAGUGAGGUGUCUGUAGGAAAGAAUUCCAACAAUCUUCAUGAUGACCACUCAUCUUUCUGUUCCGAAGACAUUAGUUUCAGGCCUCUCCGAAAGUCGUCAAUUUUGAGAAUGAAAGACAACACUGUUGAUGAUUGGUCCAGUCUUAUUCAGAUUGAAUCUGAUCCUGUUCUUGUUAGUGAAGAACUGUUAGAAUGUAGUGUUAAAAUUGACAAGCUUAACACCAACAAUUCAAUGGCUAAGAAAAAGAAAACUCAUGCAAGAGAUGGGCAUAAGUCAGCAAAUAGCUUAAUUCAUUGUAGUACCGACAAGGUUUCUUUAAGUGUGUCCGAGACAACAGUCCCUGUUUGUAGGACGAGGUCUGGGAGAGCUGUUGAGAAACCCAGGCAGUAUUGGCUAUCUAAGACUCAGGACACAGAAUGUAAUUCUACACGUCAAGCUGAAAUUCCUAAAUCAAAGUCAGGUAAUAAAAGCACAAGGAGGAGAAGGAAAGAUUCUCAAACAUCUAAUAUAAUUCCAGAAACCAAUUUGGUGCUUGAGGAUAGACGAAAACCCACCAAGUCUGAAAUGAAAGGGAGUGCACCUGCCCUUAAAAAAGAGACUUUGAAGAAAGUGGCAAAAGUUCUGACAGCAGAACCAGAGCAAUCAUUGCUUACAGUCUCAAAGAAAGGUAUAACCAGGGCAAAGAAAGCUAAAGCUGAAUCAUCAGUUGACAAGUCUGAGGAUGAUACAAGAAAUGUAAGAAAAAAGCAAACUAAACUUGGAAAAGUCCAUAGAAAUGUGCAACUGUUGCAGCAGGUUAAUCUGAAUUUGGAAAUAAGUAACAAUGCUUCCAAAAAAGGUGCUAAAAUCAGUAAUAAUAAGCAAGUACUACCCAGGCAGGAAAUUGAUCAGAAUGCUGGAAAGAUAAACACGGCUAAGAGAAAGGUUCCCCACCAAGUAAAGGAUAACCAAACGGAAAAGAGUGGUCCUGAAAAUCAAGGUCCAAAAAUGAAGAGAAAAAAGAAAAAUCCAGCAUCAACUAACGCUUCAAGUAAAAGACAGAAAACAAUGAUCAACAUUGCAAGAAAACUGUCUACAGACUCAACAGAGCCAGAUUAUGAAUGUUAUUUUACGGAGGAGCAAGCGCACUCUUGGCUUGAAUCUUGAGCUCUGAAGUAAUAUUCAAGUACAAGACCACAUAUUGUUAUUUUAGAUAGGUGAACAAAAGAAAUAAUAAGACUAUAACAAACAUUUACUAGCUAUAUUUUUCCGGACAAUGCAGUUAAAUUUUGAUUUGUAUUUUAUGACGGUGUGCAAUAAUAAUCAUAUAUAAUGUUCUUUUUGAAUGUA